GCGAUUACGACAUUUCUGCAGGCAUUGUCAUCUGCGCUAUUGAUGAACAUUGCGAUUGUUGGCGUCAAUCAGCUCUACGACAUAGAAAUUGACAAGGUGAACAAACCAUACCUCCCUCUCGCCUCCGGUGCGCUUACGCCGGCGCAAGGCCUCGCCAUCGUGGCUGUGUGUGCGGGUGUGAGCGUCUGGAUUGGUGUUGCCAGCGGCUCAUGUGCUCUGCUGACCACCCUGCUGGUCAGUUUGGUGUUGGGGGUGUUGUACUCGGUGGAGCUGCCCUUCAUGCGAUGGUGGCGCUCCCCCAUACUGGCAGCUGGGUGCAUCUUGGCGGUUCGUGCUAUCAUCGUCCAAUUGGGGUUCUACACACACAUGCGACAGCACCUAAAGCACUCUCUGUCGGGCCUGAGUCUCUCAGUGUGGUUCGUGGUGGUGUUCAUGUUGUUCUUCUCCAUUGUCAUUGCGUUGUUCAAGGACUUGCCGGAUGUGCUGGGCGACCGUAAGGCCGGGGUCCGUACGUUGUCGGUACGACUUGGCGAGGGCAGUGUCUUCCGCAUCUGCGUGGGCAUGCUGACAGCUGCCUACUGCUGGGCCAUGGGGAUUUCCCUGGCGCUUCCCGCCAGUACGGCAGCCAAGGCUGCGCUGUUUGCCGGUCACGGCCUGUUGGCGGCGCUGCUGCUGGGCCGAGCUCGCUUUGUGGACACGCGCCGUAAGGAAGACCUGACGGACUACUACAUGUUUGUAUGGAGGCUGUUUUAUGCCGAGUACCUGCUGAUUCCGCUG